AUGAAAGACUAUUCAAAAGCACUCUCAUAUUUUGAGCGUGCUCUGGACAACAAACGAGGUUCAUUACUUCCAGGUCAUCCUUAUAUCAAAAAGAAUCGUUCACGAUAUAAUAAAACAACAUUAUCAACUAUAUUUGAUCAUAAUGAAGAAAAAUGGUAUAUUGUAACAUGUCAAGUUCUUGUUCCUUUUAUGAUAGCAGGAUUUGGUAUGGUAGCGGCUGGAUUAGUUCUUGAACGUGUUAAGGAAUUAAAUGUAUUUAAAGAAAUAACUAAAAUUUAUAUACUUAUUCCAGCUUUACUUGGUUUAAAAGGAAAUUUAGAAUUGGCAUUAGCAUCACGUUUAUCUACACAAACUAAUAUUGGAAAUAUGGAUAAAAAACUCUUUAGUAGUGUUUCAACAGCAUCAAUUAUUUCAUUAGCAUUAGUAGCUAUUCAAGCAAGUCGAUUAUCUACUACACUCCAUCAACAAGGCAAACUAGGAGAAUUUCAAGAGAUUACACAAUAUCAUCCUUCAAAAUAUUUUCCUAAUCCAUACAAAAUAUUUUGUUCAACCAUUAAUGGUAGUAAUCCAUCAUGCGAAGAUUUCUUUCAGGGUGAUAUAGAAGGUAAUACUUCAUAUCUUCAAACUCCAUGUUUAGCUAAUUUACGUGGACGUCAAGGUCUUUUUCUUGCAACACAUUGUAUUAAAUUAAUUGCUUAUUCGCCAGAACCAAAUUCUAUUCAAUAUAUAUAUCGAACAUGUAGUAGAGAUGAAGGUGAUGAUAAUGGAAUCACUCGUACAAGUCAUUGUGGUUUUAUUAAACUUGAUUGGAUUAAUCCAAAUCGACGAUUACGUGGAUGUUUACAUAUAUGUGAUAAAGAUGCAUGUAAUCAAGCUUUUAAUCUUUGUUUUUCCAGAUGGAAUAUGAUAUAUAGUCUUAUUUUAUUACGAUUAUUUUUUUAUCUAAGAAACUAUUCUACAUGUCAAUAA